AUGAACUUGCCUCCCUACGGCUUCGUGACUUUCCGCAAUGCCGCUGAUGCUGAUGCGGCCGUCGUGAGCGAGCACGAUUACCAAGGUGCGCAUACUCUGCAGGUGAACUACGCUACUAUGAAGAAGAGUGUCUCGUCGUCUUCUGGGACGUUAGAGUCGGCUAUACCGAGUGGUGCCCUGGAUGACGCGGCGGUGGGGUCUAUAGCUGCAUCGGGCAUCACCAUUGCCACCUCAACUGAGGCUGAGCUUGGAGAGUUCUUCUCACAAUGGGGAUUGGUAAUGCGGGCUUCUACCGACUUAAUACCGGUUUCGGACACGUGCAAGAAAGUGCCAUGA